UUUUUGCUCUGCUUAUAAGUUCAUAAUAUACCAAAAAUUCAGCAAUGAUUCAACUGGCAUUCAAUGGCACGGAAGCAAAUAAAAAAAAUUGCUUGAAAUUUUUACGGUUAGAAGUUAGUGGUCGUUCCUAAUUGCACUUUAACUUUAACUUUAAACUUUAUUUAAAAAUCUUUCUAUUCCUGCCUCAAAGCGUGGGCUGCCUCUUUGGUAGACUCAAAAUUGAAAAGUGUUACUGAACUUACACUAAAUUUUUGAGAAGAAAAUUUAUUGCCACUUAUCAAGAUGAACACUCGGAGUGUUUUCAAGGAUAAAAAUAUCAAGUACAGUCCCCAGCAACAGCACAUUCUGGACCUGCAGCUCCAGCACCGAAAACUCCUUGACAUGUCACAACGUCGAGCCUCUUCUCCGGACGUCAACGCGACACCGAUCUGCUGUCCACCCUCCAUACUUCACCCACGAACAGAAGUAAUGGCAGAAGCUCUAUCAAAUACUUCAGGUCCUACGGUCGAUCUGCAGCCUUUUAGGAAUCUGAAUCCGUACUUGAAGCCAAAACGGUCGAAUUCGCUACAUAAUUGCCGGAAAAACUUUUCCCGUAAGACAAAAUUGCCUUCGAGGAGUAACUCCUACGACAACGAGGACCACUUCUACCACGAGAUAGACUUCACCCCUCGUCCAUCCAAAACAUGUGGCAGCACCCGUAACAUUUUUGGACAGACAUCAACGAAAAUAAAUGUAACAACGAACAAUUUUCUUCCGCAAAAAAGUAAAAAGAUCCUUCCUCUGCGGAAACGUUCAAAUAUGACUUACCCACCUUAUCCUGCUGCUCCUCAACCUGUUGUCAAGCGUCGCCUCUUCACGUCGCUUAUCCUCGAUACUUUCAAUGGUUUUCGAUGGGAUGAAGACCCGUGUCUCUGGCGCCCACAGUCCCCUGGUUUAACUUGUCCCCACGACCCGAGGGGGAAAAGCGAUGAGAGUUUAAAUGCCGGGUCAUGUUUCGUUGUUGGCCCGCCCAUGAACUGUGAUGACUGUAAACUUGACCAAACAACUCUUGAAAACCCCUAUUCCUAUGCCGGGGAGGGCAUCGUCGCCCCUGCUGAUGCAAUUCGAUCUCCUCUCGAUUCCGACAGCUACAUGGAAUCUAUCGCGUCGGAGAACAUCUACGAAGAGAUUCCGGAUGAGUGGGAGGCUUUCAAAACAAACAACAGGAGGUCUUUGAUCGAAGAGGUAUUCGAUGAAUACGAACGGGUCAGAGCGCGUCGGAUUCACUCUUCUCCAGACACGAGAUUGGUCAGUAAACAGAAAUCGGGGUCAAUUGUUACUCUGGAUUUCUCUUUCUUCGACUCGUCUGCUUCACCUGAUUCUGGACUCAAUUUAUCCAUGACUGGUACGGAACCCCCUAUCUACGACGACGUGGGGCCUCCCACCGCGAUGAUCCGGCGAGGUUCUCAUCCAGGCUUUAAUGCUUCACAUUUCCCGAACAUAUUGUCCGUUGACAGCCAGGAAAAGCCACCGAUACCCAAACUCAAACGAUGCGAAACUCUUGAAUCUAAUAAUUUUCCAUCUAGAUUGGUAAAUUUUCGACUCCGUUCCGGGUUGAAAAGUUUUCGUAAAAAAUCUGCAAGUAAAGAUCAUGGAGGUGAUCGUAUUGAUGGUACUGAGAAAAACAAUCCAGCUCCUGCCAUUGGUUUGAGGGUUGAGGGGAGUGAUUCAAAAGGCGAGAGACUAGAACCUGGAAGCUCUACCGAACAAAACGUGGAGUCUGGUGACAAUAUCAGUGCUGUGGAAGAGAGGGAGUGGAGUGCUCGUGGUGUUGGUGAUGCGAAAAGGACCAAGUUUAGUGUUGGCUGUGGCGGUGAUGGUAGAAUCGGAGACAAAGAUAGGGAGAAUGGAAGCGGUGACAGUGGCACUGAAGGUGGAAUCGGUGCCACGGACAGAAGGAAGUGGAGUGCUGGUAGUGGCGGUGAUGGUGGAAUCGGUGCCACGGACAGUAGGAAGUGGAGUGCGGAUAUCAGUGGAUGUAUCAGCGAAACUGAGAGUUUGGACGGACUCAAAGAGAUAGAGAGCUGUAAGGGCGAGGGUGUAAAGAAGGAGGGCUACCUCCGAGGACACCUGCGGUCGAGUGGUCGGGGCAUCAGGAACACCUUUGACGGAGUGAGGGAGAAGAUCGAGGGACAGGGCAGGAAGUUCCUCUUCAACAUCAAGAAAGGUAAUUAG